AUGUCCACGUUCACCACGACCCUAACGACCUGUUUGUUUUGCUUCGUUCUACUUAUAGAUGGACAGGAAACGAAUGAUGAAAUUUUCGAUGUUGUUAUCAUCGGCGCGGGGCUCACCGGUUUGAGUGCGGCUCGAGAGUUGAAGAAAAAUGUGCCGGAUGCUCGAGUAAAACUACUGGAAGCUAGAAAUGAGGUUGGUGGCCGAAUUCGAGCGAAGACGAUGCGAACUUCUAAACAAGAAGAGUUUGUGGAUAUUGGUUCUCGAUUCAUUUCACCUUCUUCAAGCGGACUUAUCAAUCUUGCUAAAGAGCUUGGUCUUGGGGUUUUUACUCAAUCGAAUUGUGGAACACGUACGCUGAACAUCCGUGGAUUCCGAAUAAAAAGGCAAUCACCGCUUCUUUCAACUCCUCACACGUUCAAUGAGGUGCUCGAAUCACCGAAUAUACUCGUACUCGCUUCAAAGAAUGUUCAUAAAUACUUCAGCGGUAAGGAUACUUCACGAACUGAAACCGAUACGGCUAAUCGAUUAUUACAGAUUCUCUACGACGCUCCCGAUGUCUCCGCUUCCAUUGUUCAUCUAAUGUUGGCAUCUGGAAGUGAGAACGCUACGCUUGCUGACAUGCUCUCCUACUAUGGGCAUGGUCAAAGUCUCUUGAUGCAAGACGGUUUAUAUAAAAUGACAAGAGCGCUGGCUGAAAAAAUGGAUGUCGGAUUAAAUGAAACUGUUACCGCUAUUGAAGAAGGCGAAUCCCAUGUGACCAUCAAGACUAACUCUGGUUUGUAUACGGCACGACAGGUCAUAGUCACCGUUCCACCUGUUCUAACAUCAUCCAUACAGUUCACACCAGAAUUAGAAACAGAUUUCGCCGAAUUUGCCAAGACAUAUAAACCAUCUGGUCGAGCCUACUACUUCAGUAUGAUCUACGAGAAUCCUUUCUGGAGGUCCGAGGGGAAGAAUGGACAGAUUAUCUACACAAACGCGCAGGGACCAAUCGUUUGGUUGACGACAUUCGAUGUUGGGAAAACCACUGAAUGCGCUGGAACUGGAUCGCCAGGAAUUCUUUGGGGAAUCGCUCACUUCACUGAGGGUAGAAAUAGCAGCCAAGCACAACGAAAUGCCGCUUACGUUGACGUUGUCACGAAAUCGCUUGGACUUGGAACGCAUUUACCAUUAGAUAUCAGUGAUGUACAUUUUUCCUCCGAUCCGUUCGCUCGCGGUACGAUUGGGGUAAUUCCGCCCGGAGUGAAAGUCACGGGUUUGCAGUACAUACAAGGAGUUAACAAUCAUGGCAAGAGAGUUGUUUUUGCCUCAGCAGAAUAUUCGAACGUGUCUAUGGGUCUUAUGAAUGGGGCGAUUCUUUCAGGAAAACUGGCAGCAACUGUAAUUGCACCGAGGGUGCAAAAUCCUGUGGAAUCUAUGAGAGAAGGCAACGAAAUCGCUAACAUGGUUCGUCUCAAUGAUGAUGCUAGUGAGAAGCCUAUAAAUCCCGUCUCUCCUCAAUUCCCAUACAGUACUUCGACCCAUUAUCCGCCAACGACUACUCUAGAGUUUACGACUUAUAAACACUUCAGCUUUGGUAACAAUGAUGAGGAUCAAAGCGAUGAAGUGAAACCAUUUGUUCCUCCACAGAUUGUUCCCAAUCUGUCUAUUUCGACAAUUCCACCGCCUACAACAACACAGAGGUUCACACUUACUCCCGUCGAUCCAACCAGAAGCACAACACCGUUCGACUACCACACGUCUACCGUUAACUCUCCAUUGGAGACGAUUGAAACAAGCACAUUCAAGCAUUUCAGUAAUGGAAAUGGUGAAAGCGAGUCCGUAUUAGCAGUCCAACAGGAUGCUUUAGCAAGGAACAGUGUCAUUGACGAGGACAUCAUGAGACGCCUCAAAGAUGCGGUUGAUGAGGCAGCGUAUCACGAUGUUAACGAUGUUUGGAUCUCAGUGGGCAAAUAUGGAGUUCGAGCUGUAGAUUACGAGUAUGACCGUGCCCCGGCUCAAUUUCCACUAUCCGUCCUGAAAACGGCAUGGGGAGAGGAGUUUGCUCCUACGAGGGGUAAUGAAAGAGGCACUAAAAUGGCAGAGACACAAACAUGCGAUAAAAUCAACAUGGCUGGAAAAAAGCGAACAGGGAAAUUACCAGGAAUACCAACAAAUGCGGCUUGCCAUGGAAUAUUCGACAGCGUCGGUGAAUGUCCGGUGAGGUAG